ACAGGGUUUGAUUGUUUGAUUGUUAUUGUUGGAGGCUAUCUGAGUUUAACCUGCUUUUAAAGGUGGAGUGUUGUUGUCCAAUGCCACAUUCUAGUGUAGUGCUUUAUUUAUUUGGUUAGGUUCUCAGUGGAACAGUUCCUCUGCAAAUGGCAGAUUAAAGGCGAGAGGGGAAUCAGUGGGAAGACUUCAGGGUUACAGUUUUAGUCUCGCAUUGUCAGCUCUAUCUCCACAGCGCUGUGUAGGAAGGUCUGGCUACAACACAGAUGCAUUCUGGAUUUUAUUUUAUUGGAUAUUAUCCUGGAAAUGUACUUCCGUUGAUUCAGACUACAGUUUAGAGAUCCAGGUCAACUUCGGAGCAACCAGUGAUAUUCAGCCUCAAGUCAAAUGAAUAAAAAGCUUCAUCGAGCAGCAGUUUCAGCCACAGCUUGACUAUAGGAAGUAACAGACUAUUCAUCUCGUCUCUGCUGUUGAAGACAUCAUGGCAAGUCCAGGUUUAACCUAUCGCAAGUGCACCAUUGAGAUUGAGAAUAAGUGCUCUGAGUUCACCCUGUGUAACCCGAAGGUGCACAUUUUCAGUGGAACCUGUGAAAGUCCUCUGCCACCAACACUUGCCCCGUCUGAAUCUGGCAAAGCUCAGUUCAACAAGACUUCUUACUCGGCACGUGGAGCUGUUGGAGUCUUCACUUACGAUCUCCAGAAUAAGUCUGAAGAGGAAUGCCUUGAAAAAGUGGCUAUCAUGUUCUCUGUCCCUUUUGACUACAUGCUCUACUCUAAUGUGUACGCAGUGGGAGUCUUCGACAAUAAUAAAACAUGUGAUGGCAGCCUUUUUGAAGAGAUGUGUUACAACAAACAGUCUACCCACACCCUCAAGGAGUUUGUCAGAGGGGACGCUAAAGGCUCCAGUCUGACUCACAAAGGUAGACAUGUAACCCUCCGAGCCACCAUGUCAGACAGUGCCACAUCGGUCGUCAAGGUACAGGUGUCUUCUUCUUAGUUUGAAAUUGAUUCUUCCCUGCACCCUUAAUCCCAGUGGUCCCACUAAAACAGGCUGAAUAAGUUUGUUUUAUAUAUCAAAAGAUGAUUCUUCUUUUAUGAAUAAUGUCACUUUUUAUUCUCAGCAUUAUUUUGUCUUUUAAAUCUGAAUCUGUAUGCACUUCUGUCAUUGUCUGGUUAGAUGCUAAACUGCUCUUCCUCUUCCUUGUUCUGCUGCUGACUGUGUGAAUGAUAUCAAGUUGAAUCUAAUCUGAUGUAAUUUAAACUCUGUGAACAUGUGUAGUUCAUAAACAACGUGCCUGUUCCGAAUCUCUCUCGGGGCUGAAAGAAACUAAACUCUGAACAUGAACAACUU